AUGGCACCAGCUGCUGCAGCUGCCAACGGUCUCUUGAGACAGGCAGUCCAUUACCAUCUCGACAACUCCUCCUACGAGAACGCCUUGUUCUUUGCCGAGCGGCUCUGUGCACAAGACAAGACUGUCGAGGCGGCUUAUAUGCUGGCCCUCUGUCACCUACGACUUGGGGACGACCGAUCGGCAUACGAGGUUAGCAAGGCUGCUGGCUAUCGGGGGACACAUCUAGGCUGCUCAUAUGUGUUUGCUCAGGCUUCGCUGCGCUUAGAGCGGUACAAGGAUGGUAUUACAGCUCUGGAGAAGUCGAAAGGCUCCUGGCUCAACAAGAAUUACAUGGGCAAACACAACGCCUGCAGCAGGAUGCCCCAUCCCGAUGCGGCAGCGUGCAGUUGUCUUCUUGGAAAGCUCUACCGCGCAUAUGAUGACAAGACCAAGGCAGUGGCAUGCUUCGAGGAUGCGUUGAAGACAAACCCGUUCAUGUGGGAUGCCUUCAUGGCGCUCUCGGACAUGGGUGCCAACGUAAGAAUACCAAACAUCUUCAAGCCGAAUGAGCAACUGCUGCGGAACUUAGAUCAAGAGCAGAGUGUGUCCGCAGGACCGAAGGAGACGGGGCACACAAAUCCCCUCGAGCCUUUAUCUAAGCGAUCCACGCUCGGUCUAGGAACGCGGCAGGAGGCGGAGCCGGACAUGGCCAGGAGGGUAUGGAAACGCCAACUGGGCCCAGUACAUCUUCUGAAUCACUCGUACCGCGCCCAGGACCUGGAGUUGAGCCACCCCAGGCACCUAUGCGCAAGUCGAGGACAGUUCAACCAGUAG